AUGGCGCACGAAAAUGGUUCAAAUUCUAAGCAGCUAGCAACGUUCCUCAUUACCUUGUUCAUUCUAAUCUCGAGUUCCUCUGGCUGGGUUGGUGUAAACUGGGGAACCAUGACAACACACCAGCUUCCACCAACGAGAGUUGUGAAGAUGCUUAUGCAAAACGGGUUCAAAAAAUUGAAGCUAUUUGAUGCUGAUGAUACCAUUAUGAUAGCUCUUAUGGGUUCUAAUAUCGAAGUUAUGGUUGCGAUUCCUAAUGUCAUGUUGGACAGGAUUAGUAACAAUCCUAAAGCUGCUGAUGCUUGGGUUUAUCAAAACGUUACCACUUACUUGUUCCCUGGUGGUGUCAAUAUCAAGUAUGUUGCUGUAGGUAAUGAGCCAUUUCUUAAAGCAUACAAAGGUGCAUAUCUAAAUAAAACUCUUCCAGCUCUGAAGAAUAUACAGACUUCACUCAACAAUGCAGGAUUGGGUACAAAGAUAAAAGUCACUGUUCCAUUCAAUGCUGACAUUUACUAUUCACCAGACACAAAUCCAGUGCCAUCUGCAGGUGAUUUCAGGCCUGAAAUAAGAGACAUCACAAUUGAAAUAAUCCAAUUCCUCUAUUCAAAUAACUCAACUUUCACAGUUAAUAUUUACCCUUUUCUUAGCCUUUAUGGCAGUGAUAAUUUCCCAUUUGAUUUUGCAUUUUUUGAUGGAGAAAACAAAUCUCUUAGAGAUGGCAAAGCUGUUUAUAACAAUGUAUUUGAUGCAAAUCUUGAUACCCUUAUGUGGGCUCUAGAAAAAUCAGGUUAUCCUGACUUGCAUAUUACAGUUGGUGAAGUUGGGUGGCCAACGGAUGGUGAUAAGAACGCCAAUGCCACAAAUGCGAAAAGGUUCAACCAAGGUUUCAUUAAACAUGCUCUUAGUGGGAAUGGUACACCCAAAAGAAAAGGUAUGAUCGACUUUUAUCUAUUCAGUCUCAUUGAUGAGAAUGCUAAAAGUAUUGCUCCUGGUAACUUUGAGAGACAUUGGGGGAUGUUUGAGUUUGAUGGAAAACCAAAGUAUGAAUUAGACAUAAGAGGUAAAAAUAAGGAAAAGGGUCUUGUUGCUGUUGAAGGUGUUAAAUACCUUCAAAGGAGGUGGUGUGUUUUGGAUCCAGAAGCUACUGAUUUGGAUGAUUUGGCUAAAAGUAUUGACUAUGCUUGUAGCCAAUCUGAUUGUACAGCACUUGGCUAUGGCUCUAGCUGUAAUGGUCUAACUCUUCAAGGGAAUGCUUCUUAUGCUUUCAAUAUGUAUUAUCAAGUUAAUAAUCAGAUGGAUUGGAACUGUGAUUUCACUGGUUUGGCUAUGGUUACACGCGAGGAUCCUUCAGAGAAUGGCUGCCAAUUCCCUUUGAUGGUCGCUAGUGGUUCGCGCGCAGGGCUUUCCCUGAUGCUGAUGAGAGCAAUGGAGAUAUGUCUUUUUGCUCUGAUUUUCCUAUAG